CCACCAACGGGACAGUACCGAAGACACUGCAGCCCGUGAUUUCCACCCGGAAGAAUUUAGGAGGCGGACAUGGUACAAUGGCAACAUGCUCGUUAAGUAACGAUGCGGUUGACGAAACAAACGAGCCAGGAGCUGCUCCUUAUGGAAACUUUAUAAACUAUUACACCUUCAAUCCACCGGAGAACCGUUUGAGUCUGAUUCCAGCCACACUCCUGCAGGAUUUAGGUUACAGCGACCAUCAUCAGACCACACUGAUCCUGGACGUGGGGUGUAACUCAGGGGAACUCAGCAUAGCCUUUUACAAGCACCUGGUGCAGGAGCCUGCGUGCGAAGAAGAGUCAGGCAGGAGGAAAGUUAAUCUCCUGGGCUUUGAUUUGGAUGAGACCCUCAUUCGGCGGGCUCAGCAGACGAACCCCCUGCCCAGCAGCAUCUCCUUCAUCCCUCUGGAUAUCAUUAAAGACACCAACCAGCUGCAGGAUUACCUCAAGCAGCACGGCUGCUCCCACUUCCACCUGUGUCUGUGCCUGGCGGUCACGAUGUGGGUCCAUCUAAAUCACGGGGACUCCGGCCUGCUGCAGCUGCUCUCUCACCUGGCCUCAAUCAGCCAGCACCUCCUGCUGGAGGCACAGCCCUGGAAGUGUUACCGCUCCGCGGCCCGGCGGCUGAGGAAGCUGGGCCGCUCAGACUUUGACCACUUCAAGACCCUGAAGAUCCGCGGGGACAUAGCAGAACAUGCCAGGGAGCACCUGGAGAGACACUGUGACAUGGAACUCGUCCAGAGCUUUGGCAGCACUGCAUGGGACCGCAAGCUGCUGCUAUUCAAAAAGAGAUGAGACUGGACACAAGAAGAGUUUUCAUCUGCUGCACAGGAGCUGCAGGGCCAUGAUUAGGACCACACCAGAGACAUCAGUGUGGGGAAUGGGAGAAAAGAAAAGCUGAACUGAUGAGAUGAUUGACUGUAAUCAGCCAUGAUUAGGAUAGUUUGUCACUUUUUCAAGCAGACGUGCUAAGCUUCUCCGAUGUGAAAUUGUGUGUUCAGCUUUGCUGUAGUAAACUGGGUUCUGGGUCAGACAAAAUCAUUUAAGAUGUCUUCUCGGACUCAACACC